AUGGACGUCAAUUUGGGUCCGCUCGCGGAACAACUUAUGUACACCGCGUACGGCCGGGAUCAGCUGCUACCACAGACACCCGUGUCUCUAAACAUAGUGCCUAGGAGAAAUGUCGGGUAUCAGGUGGACUUAACUGCGCGGUAUCGCGCCGCCCUGGCAACGGUGGCCGAUCCGAACGUGCAGGAACCAGUGCGCGCACAAACAGACCGAGACAGCGACUUCUAUAAGUACUCUGUGCUAGCUUGGUGGAGAAAGUUCGGUGGCAAUGACCCCAUGCUUGGCUUUCAUAGUGAACUUGAUCGCCUCCUCAGAUACAUGUUGUACAUAGCCAGCUACUACGGCUGCACAAACCAAUUCCUCGUUUCGGACUUGGCACCGAUGUACACGCACACCAUUCUCGUCUACGCCGGCGUUGCUCGCAUAGAUGUCGAGGUCAUAACUAUGAGGGAGUUGCUCCGCGGCGGCACACCGGACGCCAAUGAUAGAAGGCGCCGAGUCAGGGAUGAGACAACGGCUCCAGUAUACACCCCGAAAGUCCUCGAGUGUCCUCGAGUACCGUGGCACGAACCUUCGGUGGAGCGAGAGCAAACCCAAAAGCGACCUCGACUGCGAUACGCGAGCCGUCUUGCGCGAAUGAGUUCGGCAGAGCAGCGCCUCGAGUGUGGUGCCGGUAACAAACUCAUCCAGACGGCUUGCAUCUGUGUGGGCAAACAAACAAUUGGCGACCACAGCCUGGAAUUGAUGGAAUUCGAUGCAGCAUCCUAUUAG